AUGGAUCUCGCAAUCACACUUAUCAAGUCCGUUGCGCGGGCAUUCUACGAAACCCGCGACAUACUUGUGAUUGAUGCGCUUAUUCUGCAUGAGGCGCUUCGAGACGAUGAUUUGGCCUACUUGAUGUCUACCAACACAAAGGAACUCCACAAGAUAUGCGGAAAGCUACGUGAGGAUCGAUUUUUGGUGGUACACACACGAUCAGAGCUGCGAGAAGGCAACCCAAGACCGAGCAACAAAACAUGGUAUUACAUCGACUACCGAGCCACAAUAGACGCCAUCAAAUGGCGCGUUUACACUAUCGAUAAAGAAGUACAGGGUACUACGCAAGUCGCGAGCGAGAAAAAAGAGUACUUUUGCUCAUUUUGCAAAGCAGAAUGGACGGCGAUGGAGGUUCUGGACAACGUUGGCCCGGAAGGAUUCUUAUGCCAUCGCUGCUCUCAUGUUCUGACCUUUGAGGCCGACCGGACGUCGACUGGGCACGAGCAGUCAACGCGACUCAAUGACCAGUUCAAAUUCAUCAGUGAACUGCUUCCCAAGAUCGAUGCCGUCCACAUUCCUGAAUGCGACUUCGAUCGCGCAUUUGCUAAAGCACGCCCGGUGAAGCGCGACGAAACACAUCAGCGCGCUCAGACUACUGCAGUAGACUCUGGCGCGAACCGACCUAUGGCGGUCAAGGGCUUGACCAACACAGGGCCACAAUCGAUUGCAGUUAACAUCUCAACAUCGGAUGGCCCUACAGAAGCCGAGAAGGCGGCAGAGCAGGCGCGCAAGGAGCAGAUAGCGAAGCAAAAUGCGCUGCCAUCAUGGAUGUCUAAUAGUACAGUCACUGGGGAGUCCUUCUCAGCAGGCGCUGCUCCUGGCACUGCAUCAGUCGUCAAGAAGGAGUCCAGCAAAGAUGCCGGCCCAGCAGCACCGGCCGUGGCCAAUGCUCAAAUAGACGAUAUAUUCGAGAAGCUCAAGGCGGAGAUAGCACAAGAAAAAUCAGAGGAGGAAGAGGACGACGAAGAAGAGGAAGACUUAUUCGAAGAUGUCCCUGCCGCCAAGAAAGUGAAGCUGGCUGGACCAGAUACUCAAGAACAAAAAGAAGACGAAGACAGCGAGGAGAUAGAGUUUGAAGACGUUUAG